GAGGCGGCAGGCCGGCCGGCGCGGCCUCCGGGCCGGCCAGCGCCCCUCCCCAUGGCCUCCAAGCAGGCUGCUGCCAAGGGCCGGGGCGGGAAGCGGAAGCGCGUGGUGCUGACGCUGCGGGAGAAGAUGGACAUCUGCUGGCGCCUGGAGCGCGGCGAGAGCCGCAAGGCGCUGAUGCAGGAGUACAACGUGGGCAUGUCCACGCUCUACGACAUCAAGGCCCACAAGGCCCAGCUGCUGCGCUUCGUGGCCAACUCCGACUCCAGCCAGGCGCUGGAGCAGCGCCGCACGCUGCACACGCCCAAGCUGGAGCACCUGGACCGCGUGCUCUACCAGUGGUUCCUGGCGCGGCGGGCCGAGGGCGUGCCCGUGUCGGGCCCCAUGCUCAUCGAGAAGGCCAAGGACCUGUACGGGCAGAUGCGGCUCAGUGAGCCCUGCGUGUUCUCCGGGGGCUGGCUCUGGCGCUUCAAGGCCAGGCACGGCAUCAAGAAGCUGGACGCGUCCAGCGAGAAGCAGGCGGCCGACCGGCGCGCGGCCGAGCAGUUCUGCGGCUUCUUCAGGAGCCUGGCGGCCGAGCACGGGCUGUCGCCCGAGCAGGUGUACAGCGCCGACGAGACCGGCCUCUUCUGGCGCGGCCCGCCGAGCCCCGGCCCGGAGGCCAAGCAGGCCAGGGACCGGCUGAGCGUCCUCGUGUGCGCCAACGCCACGGGCUCGCACCGGAUCAAACCCUUGGCCAUCGGCAGGUGUGGCGGCGCCAGGGCCCGCCGGGGCGUCCAGCAGCUGCCACUGGCCUACAGGGCCCACGGCAGUGCCUGGGCGGACUGGUUCCAUCACAUCUUCGCGCCGGCCGUGAGGGAACACUUCAGGGCCUCGGGCCUGCCGGCCGACAGCAAGGCCGUCCUCCUGCUGGACAGCUGCCGGGCGCCCCCGCAGGAGCCGCAGCUGCUGUCCGACAACAUCCUCACCAUCUUCCUGCCGCCCGGCGCGGCCGCGCUGCUGCAGCCCAUGGAGCAGGGCAUCCGCAGGGACUUCCUGGAGCGCUGCCUGCGCGCGCCCACGCGCCCCGGGCCCGGUGCAGGCGACGCCAUGGGCCACGUGGCCUGCGCCUGGAACGCCGUGCCGGGCCCGGUGUUCCGGCGCGCCUGGAGGAAGCUGUGGCCCGCCGUGGCCUUCGGCGAAGGCUCCUCCUCCUCCUCCUCCUCCUCCGAGGAGGCGGAGCCAGAGGGGGAGGCGGAGGCGGAGCCCGAGCGGGAGGGGGCGGGCCGGCACUUCUGCGGGGCCAAGCCGCACAACCAGACUUUGGCGCGCAUCCUGGAGCUGGUGAGAGCGGGCCCGGCCUGCCCCGACGGCCCACUGCAGGGGAGGGAGGCCCAGGAGUGGGGCGGGGCCGAGAGGGAGGCGGCGGAGGCGCGCGUCCCCGCGGGCGCGGAGAGGGCGGAGCGAGGGGGCGACGAGGAGGCGGCCUGGGAGCGCGCGGCCCUGGCCUUCGCCGCGCUGCUGGGCUUCGCCGAGGGCCAGCCCUGCUUCACGGCGCAGGAGCUGGGGCAGCUGUGCGCGCUGCACUCGGCGUUCCGGAGGCAGCGGCAGCUGCGGCGGCGCCCCGGGGCGCCCAGGGCCGCGGUCAAGGCGGAGGCCGUGCAGGAGCGCCCCGGUGCCCGCUCGCCGCCGCCCGCCGCCCAGGAGGACUGAGGCCAGGGCGCCCUAGCACUCGGUCCCUGUCGCUCAGAGCGGCCGGCCAGCGUCCCCGGCAGCACGCGUCACAUUACGUGGCCACGUGUGGUGCCUGAGACGGGCCUGGCGGGAGCCCCCGGGGCUCGCGCUGCGGACCAGAGUUCUGUGCCGGAGGAGAGCUCUCGGACCCGUGGUGUGGCCCUCGCACCCCCGGGCGGGCUGUCUGCGAGGGCCCGGGACACUGGCAGCCACUCCCAGGGCUGGUGCCAAGGGCUGGGCGGGGUCCUGGCUGCCGCCCUGGCACGAGGCCUCCCUGCCAGCGUGGCGACGAGACAGGUGCACUGGAGCGCGCCCUGCUGCCGGCCCUCGGCUCUCACCCCUCCCGUGGCUACGUGGGCCUGGCGUGGCCGGGCCAGCCUGGGUCACACGCGCUGCUUUCAGCACUGCGGCUCAGCGUGCACUGUUCAGCCCCCAGGACCACGGUCCCCGGCUUCCACGUGAGUCAGGAUUGGGCAUGUCGCAGGAGGACGUGUGACCCCUGUCCACGUCGGCCUGGGAGCUGGCUCCUGGCCCCGCCCCUGGUGACCGUGUUGGGAAGGCGGGAUGCGCGAGAAGCUCCUUCCGCGAGAACUUGGAUGGCGCCCUGGCCGCUGAGGCCGCGCGGUUGUCUCCGCGGCGUUGCCGUGUGUGCCAGGGGACUGGGAGCGGCGUGGGGCGGCUCCCCCGUGUCCCGCCUCCCGACGCAGGGCGCUGGCCGCACUGGGACUGCCGAGACUGCGCAGACAGUGGGGCGCAGGGGAGGGGACGCGGCCUGGCGGCGUUUGUGGGCUGCGGGGGCGGCGGCCGUGCCCCAGCCACCCUCCCAGGUCCCCUGGGAUGGUUUGUCCCGCGCACUCUGCAGCCCUCACGGCCGUGUUGUGGCCAGGAAUAAACAGUUUU